AUGUCACAGUCCCCGCCUCAGCCGGCGACGGCAGAUAAUGGAUAUAUCACGGAGCCGGCUCCACUAGAAAACACUUAUGCGUCAGACCCUAGUCUAAAGCGGGCGUUGGAAUGGUAUGUUCCAUCUGCGAUAUUGCAGUCAGUAGAACCAAAAUUUACCCAGCUCGGUGGUGAAGCGGUGUCCGAGCAAGUCCGAGAGUGGACUGCAGAUGCGGAGCGAAAUCAACCUUACGUGAAAAGUCACAACGUCUGGGGCAAGCGAUAUGACUAUGACCGCCUUAUCACGACUGAGGGUUGGAAGCAACUCGGACACUGGGGAGCUAGGCGCAAAGUUGUUUCAGCAGGAUAUGACCCUGCCCUGGGGAUGCACAGAAGAACAGUUCAAUAUGCACUGAACUAUCUCUACGCGCCAUCGUCGGGACUUUACUCCUGUCCCAUCAGCAUGACGGACGGGGCUGCUUUCAUCCUUUCUUCAAAGAUCGGCGGAUUGCCAUCGGCACACCCAUUCCAUGCAGUAUUCAAGGGCCUAAUCUCAGAGGAUGAAGACCACUGGACCUCGGGUCAAUGGAUGACAGAGAGGGCUGGUGGCAGCGAUGUCCAGAAUACUGAAACCUGGGCUACAUACUCUCCGCUACCAAAGUCUUCGGUCUCGGAUCCCCUCGGAGAUGGAGACUUUUUAAUUAGCGGGUUCAAAUUCUUCUCCUCUGCCACCGAUGCCAAUGUGGCCCUUUUGCUUGCCAAGUCCCCAUCAGGCAAGUUGAGCACUUUUUUGGCUCCGCUUCGACGAACAGUCGUUGACCAUGACGGGACACCUCGACAGAUCUCCAACGGAGUGAGAAUUCAUCGCUUGAAGAACAAAUUAGGAACGAAAGAGCUACCGACUGCCGAGCUUGAAUUGAAAGAUAUGCGCGCCCAUCUCGUUGGCGAGUUGGACCAGGGAAUUGUCACUAUUGCCCCUCUUCUUAACGUUACGCGCAUCCAUACCUUUGUUGGUUCCCUCUCUGGCUGGCGCCGCGCUAUUAGCAUUACCAAGAGUUUUGCCCGAGCCAGAUCUACGGUCGGUGAACCUCUGUGGUUGAUCCCUAUGCACCUACGGCUUCUGGCAGAUCUGGAGGUGAAGCACCGCAGUGGCAUGAAUCUCGCCUUCUUUACCAUUGCGAUCAUGGACAUGGUUGAGAACCAACAAUCCAAACCGUCUGAACUUUCUCAUCUACCCCACCCUGGCAAGGAGGCAAACGUUGUCUUCCGUACGCUUACAGCCACUACUAAAGCAGUAGUUAGCAAAAUGGCUGUUGCAGGCAUUCAGGAAUGCCAAGAAGCUAUGGGUGGUGUGGGAUACAUGGAUGAGCCCGAUGAGCCUGAAUUCAACAUAUCACGGAUCUUGCGCAAUACCUCAGUGAACUCCAUUUGGGAGGGGACGACAAAUGUGCUGGCGAGCGAAGUGGCUCGGUUUUUGCUGAAGGCCGACAACUUGGGUGUUUUAACUGUGUGGCUUGAUCGUACUCUGGCCUUAAUUCAGGCUGUGAAUUUACGCGAAAAAUUGAGUACUGCGUGGUCUGCCUUGAGAGAGCGAUUCAGCACCGAGGAUCAGUCUCCCACUUUCAUUCUGUCAGAUGCUCGUCGCUACAUGUUUACUCUGGCCUGGGUAUUGUGCGGCACACUCUUGGCUUUGGACAGUGAACGUGAUCAUAAUCCAGUAAGUAUGGAGAUUGCUCGGCGCUGGAUCCUUAGUGCUGAGGGUGGGGUUGGUGAUAUGGUGUUUCAUGAUAUCGUUAUGGCUCAAGGUGUUACUCCUAAUGGUGAUGAGCACCUUGAAUGGGACUGCAGGAUUGCGUGGGGGGUGGAGCUACCAGCACACCGUGCACUUGGUCAUCGCUCCUUACAAAAGACGGCUUCGAAGCUUUGA